AUGUCUGGCAGAGGCAAGGGCGGGAAGGGGCUCGGCAAGGGAGGCGCCAAGCGCCACCGCAAGGUGCUGCGCGACAACAUCCAGGGCAUCACCAAGCCGGCCAUCCGCCGCCUGGCUCGGCGCGGCGGCGUGAAGCGCAUCUCGGGGCUCAUCUACGAGGAGACGCGCGGCGUGCUGAAGGUGUUCCUGGAGAACGUGAUCCGCGAUGCCGUCACCUACACCGAGCAUGCUAAGAGGAAGACGGUGACGGCCAUGGACGUGGUCUACGCUCUCAAGCGCCAGGGACGCACCCUCUACGUGUCUUCGAUUCAUUCCGGUUUGUUUUUCUUCGGCGUUUGUGGUAGGUUAGCGAUGGCGCGCACGAAGCAGACGGCGCGUAAGUCGACGGGCGGGAAGGCGCCCCGCAAGCAGCUGGCCACCAAGGCGGCCCGCAAGAGCGCGCCGGCCACGGGCGGCGUGAAGAAGCCGCACCGCUACCGGCCCGGCACGGUGGCGCUGCGCGAGAUCCGGCGCUACCAGAAGUCGACGGAGCUGCUGAUCCGCAAGCUGCCCUUCCAGCGCCUGGUGCGCGAGAUCGCGCAGGACUUCAAGACCGACCUGCGCUUCCAGAGCUCGGCCGUGAUGGCGCUGCAGGAGGCGAGCGAGGCCUACCUGGUGGGGCUCUUCGAGGACACCAACCUCUGCCUGGUGGCAACCAUGUCUGGCAGAGGCAAGGGCGGGAAGGGGCUCGGCAAGGGAGGCGCCAAGCGCCACCGCAAGGUGCUGCGCGACAACAUCCAGGGCAUCACCAAGCCGGCCAUCCGCCGCCUGGCUCGGCGCGGCGGCGUGAAGCGCAUCUCGGGGCUCAUCUACGAGGAGACGCGCGGCGUGCUGAAGGUGUUCCUGGAGAACGUGAUCCGCGACGCUGUCACCUACACCGAGCAUGCUAAGAGGAAGACGGUGACGGCUAUGGACGUGGUCUAUGCUCUCAAGCGCCAGGGACGCACCCUCUACGGCUUCGGCGGUUAAACUCGAACUUCAAACUUCACACUGUCAGAACACCAAGGCUCUUUUCAGAGCCACCCACAAAUUUCACUAC